AUAAAGCACUGUCAUUGAACACCUCUCAUCUCCAAGUGUUCUGAUCUCUACUUCUUACACUAAACUCAUCUUGCUUCUAUUUAUCUCUUUAAUUAGUACGUACGUAGUUCAGUUUAGACUUCCCUUUGGUGUUCAAAUGGCUACUGUUGUGGUUGUAUCAGCAAAGACAGCCCUCCCAGAGGACACGGCUCACGAGGAAUCGCUACUCAAGGCUCAGGAGAUCACUACCAGUGUCAAAGAAGAGGUGGUGACUGCACCACCUGCACCUGAGUCCACCCCAGAGGAGCCGAAGGGAGCAGAAGAGACUGUGGCCGUAUCUGAGCCAACCGAGGCAGUUUCUGAGGCAGUCGCGGCUCCAGAACCUGAAGCCCCAGCCAACAGUGAGACAAAGGAGGUUGCAGAAGAGACCAAGGUUGUGAUUGAGAAGCCAACAGUUGGGAAGACCGAAGAGGAGACCCCGAAGGAAACACAAGAGCCUGUUCCUGAGGAGACCAAAGAAGCAAGUGAUUCUGGUGAGGCUCCAGCACCGGAACCAAAACCAGAAACAGAGGCUGAAGUUCCAAAGGAGGAGGUUGUUAAGGAAGAAGAGAAGCCAGUUGAAGGUGAGGAGAAAGUUGGCACAGAAGAAGCACCAGUGGAGAAGGCUGAGUAAUAUAAUUAGGUCCAGGAACUGUGCUUUGGUUGAGAUUUGUGUUAUUUGUUAUCUCUAGUUUGCAUGUCAAAGUACUUAAGGGGGUCGGGGGUGCUGUUGGGGUUCUAGUUUAGUAGUGUUUAAUAACGAUGAUCAUGGAGAAAGCUGGAAUCAGGGUAUGGGACCUAAAUUUAUAUGGAAAUUAUGGCGCACAAGAUCCAACAAAUCUCCACUUACCAUAUGGCAGUGGAGAUUUGUGAACCAUUAUUAUUAUAAUAUUAGUACUUCGUUCGUAU